AUGGCGCCCUCAUCCCGCUCCGUUCUCCUCCAAGGAGCGUUCCUCCUCCCCUUCCUCGUCUCCUCCAUCUCUGCCUUCCCCUACAACACCAACAGCAACGCCAACUCCAAAGCAGUCGACGCCAACCUCAACCUCCUCAAGCCCCGCUCCCACUUUCCCACUCUCUUCAAACGCCAACAAAACACUACCACCAAUUCCCCCGCUGCCGCCGACAUCGACGAUGAUGACGACUCGGACUCUUCCAUCACAGCCAUCCCCCCAUCCAACCCAGGCAACCGCCUAGGCUGCUACCGCGACGACUCCCCCACCUCCCGCCUUCUCCCGACCUCUUUCACCGCCUCCGACACUCUCACACUUGAAUCCUGCGCCGUCUUCUGCGGCUCUUCCUCUCCUUACUUUGGCGUCGAAUACGGUCGAGAAUGCUGGUGCGCCUCUUCCACUUCGGGAUUCAAUCCCACCUCCCCCUCCACUGUCGCCGCCAAGGUCGACGACGCGCAAUGCUCGUUCCCCUGCGCCGGCAACGCCGACCAAACCUGCGGCGCGGGCGACCGCAUCGAAGUGUACACCAACGCUUUGUACCGCCCUCCUCGCGUGGCCAACGUCCGGGGGUUCGAUUACCUCGGCUGCUACCGCGAGUCGUCGCCGCGCUUACUCCCCAACUCUCUGCUUGGGGACGAUACCCUGACAGCCGAAAAGUGCGCUGCCUACUGCACCGACUUGUCCUUCCCUUACUUUGGCGUCGAAUACGGUCGUGAAUGCUGGUGCGGCGUGUCCCAGCCUGAUGCCGCGCAGCAGGUUCCCGAGACGGAAUGCAGCAUGACUUGCGCCGGUGCUAGUGACGAGAUCUGCGGUGCGGGCAACAGGAUUAAUGUGUAUGGGAGGCAGAUGGUCAUGCCUGCUGAUGUCGGGGACUACUCGUACCAGGGCUGUUAUACCGAUUCGCCCGUGCCGAGCGAGAAGAGUCUGACGGGUACAGUCAUGUACGAUGCCGACAUGACGCUUGAUGAGUGCCGAGUGAGCUGUCAGGAGGAUGGAUACCCUUAUUUCGGCACCGAGUACGGCAGCCAGUGUUUCUGCGGGACCAAGCUCUAUGAUGGCGACGACUCCGAUAACGAAGGCGAUUAUCCCGCUAGAGCAUUCCUUGUGCCGGACCGCGAAUGCUCAAUGAGGUGCGGAGGCGACGCAACGAAUGCGACUACUUGCGGCGAUGCCAAUCGGCUGUCGGUGUACUGGAAUGGCAUCGUCAGCGGAGCGCGGAACUUGGGCCCGUUGGACCCUGAGUUUGCGAGCUUGCAAAACUGGAACUACCGAGCGUGCAUGAGGGAUGAUGUGGUGCAGAGGACCUUGACAGGACCGACGUUGAGGAGAAAUGACAUGACUGUCGAGACUUGCGUGGCGUUUUGCAACCAGGGGGGUUUCGUGUAUGCUGGGCUGGAGUUCCAGAGCGAGUGCUACUGCGGAAAUGAGUUGAACGGUGGUGAUGAUGUUGAAGAGGUUGAUGAUAGCCAGUGUGAGCAGCUGUGCGCUGGAAGUGAGACUGAGUACUGUGGAGGCCCGAAUAGGUUGAGCUUGUACCAGCGUGCGGUGCUUCUGGGGCCUGAUGAGGUGUAG